AUGGUCAAGGAACCUCCAAACCCUUCCGUUGCCUUGUUGCUUCGGGAUAUCUUUGAUGAACUUUCCAACAUGACAGAAAUCAACAAUGGGAAACCGAUCCUUCACACGCUUCAUCCAGGAUACGACAUCGCCUUGAAAGAACAUAAGAAAUCCUUCAAAGAGCGCAGGGGUUUCGCACUUGAUCUUCAAGUGCUUUGCAAGACUUUGGCACUUCCGUUCCGGGUUUCGAUCAAGAAGCUGUUUGACAUGCUUUCAAAGAGCAGGAUCCUUGAAGACACUGGGAUGGCCACUUCUGGGUUGAUCCUGAGUUGUACCAAGUCCCUUGUAGUGGGCAAUGGCUUUGUACACGGUGGAUCGUGGCAUUUUCAGCUCCUUGAUGAUCUUUACAGGGAUGGUCAUUGGAGUGAAGAUGCCACUGAUUUAUUUGAGGAACUUUCGAAAUGUGCAAGAUGGCAAGUAGUAAUGGGAAAGAUUCAGGGAUAUACACAACUGCCAGCUCACCCCCCCCUACAUCCCACUCCUUACCGUGUUCCAUUACUUCAACUUGUGGAUACAAGCACAGAAAAGAUCAUACACCGAGGACCUCUUGUCCUCAACGUCUACUCAGACAACUAA